GCGCGGGUUCCAGAGGAUUAGAGGAAGCAGAAGCCGGAAACCCCGUCCUCUCCACCGGGAGGCGUAGGGUUUAAGGAGGAAUGGCUGGAGCUGGAGGAGGAGACGGGCGCGGCGGCUCCUCGCCGGCGAUCAAGCCGAUAAGCAAGGCGGUGGUGCACCGCAUCUGCUCCGGCCAGGUCAUCUUCGACCUCUCCUCCGCCGUCAAGGAGCUCGUCGAGAACAGCCUCGACGCCGGCGCCACCUCCGUCGAGGUCAGCCUCAAGGCCUACGGCGCGGAGUGGUUCAAGGUCGCCGACAACGGCUACGGCAUCUCGCCCGCCAACUUCCAGGCGCUUGCUCUUAAGCACCACACCUCCAAGAUAUCAGAUUUCUCCGACCUCGGAUCCGUGGUCACCUUCGGAUUCCGGGGUGAAGCGCUGAGCUCGCUCUGCGCGCUGGGGAAACUGACGGUUGAGACGAGGACCAAGGAUGAGUCCGUUGGGACGCGUUUGGAGUUUGAGCACUCGGGCGUGGUGGCCAGCGAGAGGAAGACCGCACGGCAGGUUGGGACCACGGUGACAGUCGAGAAGUUGUUCUCCACCUUGCCGGUCAGGAGCAAGGAGUUUAACAGGAACAUUCGGAAAGAGUAUGGGAAAGUGAUCUCCCUGCUGAAUGCUUAUGCCUUGAUUGCCAAAGGGGUCAGAUUACUUUGCACUAAUACUGUUGGCAAAAAUUCUAAAAUGGUGGUGCUUAGAACUCAAGGCAGCAGUUCAAUGAAAGACAAUAUCAUUACCGUAUUUGGUCUGAACACUUUCAAGUCUCUUGAGCCCUUCAGUGUUACCAUCUCAGAUGGCUGCCAAGUAGAAGGCUUUCUCUCAAAACCUGGACCUGGUACUGGUCGCAAUUCAGGAGAUAGACAAUUCUUCUAUGUGAACAGCAGACCUGUUGAUAUGCCAAAGGUCACAAAACUUGUCAAUGAGCUGUACAGAAGCUCGAAUGCCAAGCAAUAUCCUGUGGCUCUCCUGGAUUUCCGUAUUCCAACCACAUCCUAUGAUGUGAAUGUCGCACCUGACAAGAGAAAGAUUUUCUUCUCAUCUGAGAGUAUAAUUCUGCGGUCUUUACGUGAAGCUGUUGAAAAUCUGUAUUCCCCUCAACAAUGUAGUUUCUCAGUCAAUCGUGUUGAAGAUCCUGAAAAGGAAGAGGAUACUGUUACUGAUGGGCAUAGUGAAGACACAGAUUUGAUAGAAGUAGAGAAUGUUUCAUCUCCGGACAAUAGUGAUGACAAGGAAGAAACAGACAGCGAGGAUCAGGUUUCACCAGAGAACAAGAAAAAGCCUUCUUCAGUGACAAAGGUAGCCAUUGAUGCCACAUCUAGAGAAGUGAGCCCCUUGUCAAGAGGCACAGCCACUCAGGCUGAUAGAUCUGCCUGGCUUCCAUCCUUCUCAUAUGAACAACCUAAAAGAUUUCCUAAAGAAGGAAAAGGUUGUGCACCGGGAGCAAAUCAUUUCAGAACAGGGCUUGCUGCAAAAUCUACCCAUUCACCUACUGUUCAAUCUUCUCUUAUGAACUAUGUAUCACUAAACAAGCGGAAGCACGAAGACGAUUGUAAUCUUAUUUCUGAAGCUCCAGUGUUGAGAAGAGGGCCAUGCUUAGAACAAGUGAGGAGAACAAGUUUGGAAGCAAAUUUUAUAUUGCCAAACAAGCCGGACUAUACAGAUGAUUGCAGUCUUAUUUCUGAAGCUCCAGUGCUGAGAAUAGGGGCAUGCUCAGAACAGGUGAGGAGAACAAGUUUGGAAGGAAACUUUGUUUCACCAAAUAAGCAGAAGCACGAAGAUAAUUGCAAUCUUAUCUCUGAAACUCCAGUGUUGAGAAGUGGGGUAGGCUCAGAACAAGUGAGGAGAACAAGUUUAGAUGCAAAUCCACCAGCUGCAUUAAGCUCAAGGACAUCUAAUAUUCCUGAGUUCAAUUUGCCUCUGGAAACAAACUCUUUAAAACAGCAAUCCCCACGAUCUUUUGUAUCUGUGAGGGCAGAUGUUUCACCACAGCAUUCUGAACCGCCUAAUACUGUGAUCUGUGGUGCGAAAGUAUUAAGUCCAUGUGAUGUUCUCACUCCAGAACCUGAUGUGGAGGAACAGCAUGAUCGAUGUCUUUCGAUUUCUGGUGCUCCCAAUAAACAUUCAGAAGUGGAACAUCUGAAUACAUUGAAGGAUAGUCCUUUGCCUGAUGCUCAUGAUUCUGAUAAUGAUGCUGCAGUAUAUUCUGCAUCUGUACAAUAUCCCAUUGUGCAAUUUACUGUUGCUGAUCUUAGGAGAAGAAGAAAGAAUGGUUUUAUGACAUCGCGUGCAAAUAAAGCAAAUUGUCUUGAGAAAGCUACAAGUUUGCGAUAUACCUCUUUCUGUUGGGUAUUUGUGAUUAUAUUCAAAUGCAGGCCACUGAGGCUUGAUCUAUCACCGGAGGAAGAAGUAAUAGUUUCUAUGAACAUGAACACUAUCAGAACAAAUGGCUUUGUUUUGGAAGAAGAUUUGCAUGCUUCCCCUGGUAACCAUUAUCUUUUGAAAGCGGUGCCUUUCAGCAAAAAUAUUACAUUUGGUGUUCAAGAUGUAAAGGAGCUGAUCUCCAUGCUUGCUGAUAGUCAAGGAGACUGUUCGAUAAUCAGUAGCUACAAGCUGGAUAAAACUGAUUCUGUUUGCCCUUCGAGGGUUCGUGCUAUGUUGGCUUCAAGGGCUUGCCGAAUGUCUAUUAUGAUUGGCGAUCCACUGACAAAAGCCGAGAUGAGAAAGAUACUUAAAAAUCUAACAGGAUUAAGGUCCCCAUGGAACUGCCCACAUGGGAGGCCAACGAUGCGCCACCUAGUUGAUCUGCGUGCUAUAAAAAACAAAGUUUCUGCAGGGCCAGAUGCGGGGCUUUGACGGUGACCCGGCAGAUUUGUGGAUUACGUUGGGCUAAUGUUGUUUCUUCCAUUUUCGCCACUCCCAAGUCCUAAACUCCUAA